CUCUGAGACGUUUAAACUUCAAAUGGAUGUUUUUUUGGUGAUUUAGUACACAUUACUAAUGCCAAAAGCAUUUUCUUGGWUGAUGAUAUUUAAUUUUGAGAGAUCAAUAUAAUGACGUAGCUAUUUUCCACUCCCCCUUGUUCGUAAUCAACUAYGUCUAUACUCGUCACUUUCGGCUGUCAUGCUAGUUCACACAAGAUGACCAGAUCCGUGAAGAUUUGUUCUUAGUAACGACUAUAAAGAUUAUACACGAUGUUUCUUUACAUCUUAUUACUGYUUGCUGUUAAGACAGUGAUUGGGUUCGUUGAAGUAGGURUUUACAGUAGUCUGAAGCAGUCCCAGUCAUUUAACCAACCAAAAACGAUUAAUGGAUGGAAUCCCACAGGAAGACCAGGGCUGUAUUCGCACGAUGCUUCAAGCACGGYGUUCUCAGACGUCAGAGUUGCUGUCGGGGGCGUUUACUACGUUUCAACAUCGCUGAUUUUUCAUUCAACAAUUCAAAAAAGCCUAAAGGCRUCAAUAUUGGUCAAUAAUGACUCUAAACGGAAAACUGGUUUAACCUGUUUUGAAUUUACAAACAGCAGUAUAACUGCUUCUGGACUUGUGCAGUUAGCGSCACAAGAAUCACUGUCUGUGCACAUUGUAAUACAGAGUGGUUCAGCCGUGACAAUCUUACCUGAAAGUACAUUUUUUGUGCAAUUGCUUUAUUCAUUGACAGUUUACCCAGCAUUCCAAGCUGUUUCGUCACGUGACUCUGAUGAAGUAGCAGCCUCAAAUUGGCAUCGGAUGGAGGGGUGGACCAGUGCUUUUGAGCUCCAAUCAGGCUUUUCGGAGUCUAUAGGAACGUACUGUACAAGUUGUGUUGGARUUUACUCCAUACAAGGAAAUAUCCUGCUUGAUCCAUUGCAGUCCCUUAAUAACUCCGUUGGAAUUUUUCUAAGAAACCAAACUGUUAUUUCCGAAGCGCUUAGUACAGGGAGAAAGAGGCGAACUGUUAGUUUUGGAGGUGUUUUUCGAUUGAGGAAAGGAGACUGUAUAGAUAUAAGGACUCKGUCCCUUGAUAACCCGCAUAAAGUCAUCAAAGACAGCGGUUACUCGUUGUUUUAUCUAAGUAAGCACGAGACGCAUAGCGAAUCUAAACGACUUAAUGCACCUGCUCCAACACUSUCAACCGCUGGACUUUAUAACAUCAGCGGUUGGACGACAGAAGGCUCAAGUGUUUAUUUUAAGUCCUCUCCAACGACAAUGAUGACAGAUAAUGUGAGUUAUAAGGUUCAGACUCAAGGAAAUUACUUGAUAUCUGCACUGGUUAAUUUACAAUCAACUUCAGAAAAACAGUCGGAAAAUAUUUGGCUUUUAAUCAUUAUUAAUAAGAAGACAUCUUCUCGGUUCUCUGAUGCAUCAAUCGUGUCUAAGAAACCGAUCUCGUUAAUGACAUCACUUUACCUAAAUGGAGUUCUGUUUCUUUCUGGCGGGGACACGGUCACAGUCUGCAUCUAUAAGGACGGUGCUAGUUCUAUUAUACCACAAGCCGGUAGCCUCUUCUCUAUUGCCAUGAUUCAAAAGGAUUGGCCAGGAAUGUCAGCUAUAUUUGGUUCAAGUAAAACUAUAUCGACUGCRGGAUGGAACGAGCUUGGUGGCUGGGAAACUGGAAACUUAGCAAAUGGUUUGUUUUCUUUUGAUGGAKCAUUUAAUGCAGUCAGUGGUCGAUACGUAGUUCCUUUACAGGGUACCUACAUCGUAUCGUGUGUUAUCAACUUGAAUGGUAGAAUUGCGCAACCGAUACAAGUGAUGAUAGCUGUYGACGGUCAGCUUGACAAAUCUUCGGGACUGCAUUCUAUUCAGUAUUCGGGUCAAGGUAGAAUUUCUGUUCCUAUUACUGGAUCAAUAAGACUUUUACCAAACAAGUUUUUGUCAGUAUUUGUCCACGUCAGUCCAGGAAUGUCUUGGACUAUUGACCAGUACAGCAGCUUUACUGUCUCUCUAAGCGGYGGCGGAAAACCAGACAGCUUUGCAUUUCAUGGAGUCAAGACGCAAACCACUAGUUACUCUGCAACAACGGAUUGGAAGGAAGUAAAUGGUUGGCUGCCACGUGACUCAUUUAACCAAUCACCUGGCACUUGGGAUUCAUCUUUAAGUCGAUUCUCACCCAGUGAGGAUGGUUUGUACCUUAUUACUGCAAAUCUUGUUCUUUCUCAAAAUCAAACUACAAGUGUAUUUAGUGCUAUGAUUAUACCCGAUGGACAUAGCAACAAAUACUCUGGAGGKCAAAACUAUCAGCGAGUACAGAGUCUGAUAACAUCACCCUGGACUUUUACCCUCCCAGUGUCGUGUACACUAAAACUCACACGUGCACAGUUUGUGGGUGUGUAUGUCAAAUCUUCUGCGAGCAUCGCAUGGAGUAUAGCCGGUAAUAGUACUUUGUCUAUUGUUUACAUGUCUUCCUUUAAUAAUCCUGACCGUGGAAGCCUGAACGCAAUAACAGAAGGGCCUGAUUUGUUAUAUGGAAAAGAUUUUGACGAGGUUAGACAUUGGACAUUUUCAGACUCUGAUUCAGUUGGUACCUUUAAGGAUCAAAUGGUGUUUGUUAAGGACUACAUGAAACUAAGUGAAUAUACAGAAGUUAAACGUUCUGGYUURUAUUUUAUUGGAGUGGCUUUGAGAGCCGAAUCCUUUGCUGAUUCGCUGGUGUCCUAUGGACUUGCUUUGUGUAUCGUAACCGGGUCUACAACAACAGUCGUUUUUCGUUCUAAUAAGUUUCCYGAGGGAGCGAAAAAUACCCAUUUUGGAAUAAGUACUUUUGCCGUUCUUUAUUUGACAAAGGAUCAAAAAGUAUCCGUGUGUCUCUCGGGYGGUGAAAACCGKUAUGACUUUGAGAAGAAUUAUGCUGGCUUCUCAUUGGUUAAAAUCGUACCACGURGUACGUACCCUGGGUUGCGUCAAGUAUCUAAUGCAGCAACUUCAUCGUCUGRYGACUGGGUGRUCGUUUCUGACUGGACGAGUGGAGGGAUGAAUUCAUUGUAUAAACAAGGUGGAAUUAGUUCUUCUGGAGUUGASGAUCUCAUGGUAUCCCCAGGWACGUUUUUUAUUUCAUCGUCGUUUUUGUUAGAGAACAGUUCUUCUCUGUCAGGAGAAUUUUGUGUUGGUCAAAAUCAGUGCAGCAACUGCUAUUUGCAAUCUACGACCAGCAAUGGCGGCGUCAAUUUGGCUGGUUUGGUGAGAUUUCAGUCGAAUCAAAAUAUAACAUCCUGCUUCAAACGUCGAGCAGUUUCGCUUKCUCGUUCUGCUCAGCUUCUUCCAACUGCUGGGGAAAAUUCGUCUUUCUUGUACCGACAUGCGGGACUGUCGUUUAACUCAGCUGGUGAAAAUGCAAUGACUAACUGGAUUUCUGAAGAUGGAAAAAGUCACAAUGGCAUUGYCAUCACACAACAAGGUUUAUACAUCGUUACUGUUAACAUCGUCCUGCGAUCUACUAAAGAUACGCAMUUMAAASUGAMCACUGUUUCCACUAUGAACGGUAAAACUGUACAGGUUCCAGGGUUAAAUAUUCCCUUGACCUGGAAGAAAGCGAACGAUCCAAUGGCUCUUGGUUUGUCUUGUCUCGUUCRCGUUCAGGUUGGAGCUUUGCUGAGCGUCAAAGUUCAUUCAGAUUCYAGUAAUUCUUGGAGAACCGAGUCCAACGCGACGUUCUCUGCAGGCCUGGUUACUACCGAGUCUUCUUUUCAAGGGAUGGCUGUAAGGAUAGCUAGUGARUACACAGUGAUGGUCACGUCUGAUUGGAUGUCAGUUGAGAGCUGGGAUCGACUAGAUAUUGGAUUGGUAUCGCAAUCAUCUGUGUUACGUCAAGGCCGUUUUGUUGCUGGUACAAAUGGUGUUUACGUUGUUAUGGUUACACUGAGUUUKUCAGUGACUCUCCCAGCUGGGAAAGAAAGCAACCUUGAGCUGCUUCUUKCUGUUGAUGGUAAUGUUGCUCAUAACAACAAUCUAAUAAUGACACGAACGUUAAAGGGUCAGGAUGGCGCGAGUCGUUCAGCAACACUCAGCUUAUCCUCUUCAAUGUACUUAUUCAAGUGGCAAGCGGUGUUUCCUAUGAUACGCAGUUCAAGUCAAGAAAGAUUCAUGAUAAAUGAGAAUAGCACUUUCUUUGUUGUUCUUCUGGAUAAACAAAAAAGUUUCUCCCAAGGAUGURAUAACGUCGGACCUCGAAUAAUACUCCAACCGUUGCCUUUUCAAAGAGUUGCCGCUGACSUUAAUAUGACUGUAUCGCUGGCGUGUGAUGCGGUGGCUGAUGGGAAGGUUACAUACCAAUGGCUCCGGAAUAACGAGAUACUUGUCGAAACUAGUCCUAAUAUAGUCUUUAACAACACCCUUUUAUCGGACUCUGGUCGUUACAUGUGUAUAGCCAAGUCAAGUAAUAUCACUGUGACGUCAUAUCCGGCCGUUGUUGAAGUGUUUGAUACAAGCCCUCAAUUCUCGAAGCGYCAAUACGAAGUGUCAGUGAACGAAACGAAGUCGAGAUUAAGUCUGCUUGUUUUAAACUACACUGCUUUAACAAAGACAGAGGAAAAGGCAACUGUUUCAUUUGAUAUUUUCUCAGGUAAUAUGAAUGGCAGUUUUACCUUGAAGCAGUCGAUCUCAACCAAUGAAGUAACCCUCACCAAUACCAAACCUCUCGACUAUGAACAGACCAGGAAAUAUCAACUGACCUUGAAGGCGAUUAACACCAAUACCAGUAAGUCAUCUUUCAUCAACGUGACAAUCAGCAUACGUGACGUGAAUGAUAACUACCCAAGAUUCUUGAAAAACAUUUACAACACCACAAUCSCUGAAAAUGUAAGCAUUGGAUAUGACAUCAUUCAGGUCCAGGCUUCCGACGCGGACGCGGGAUCUAAUGCGCAGAUAACCUACCAUCUUGAUGUAGUCUCAUCUUCGGCUUUAGCAAAUCAGUCUUUUUCAGUUAAUGAGACAAGUGGUGUGAUCUACACGACAAAACAAAUCGAUUAUGACACACUAAGUAAUGAGUCGAUACGACUUCGUAUUGUUGCAAAAGAUGGCGGGACACCAGCCUUACAAACCUCCGUUAAUGUCUUCAUAACGAUAACCGAUGUCAAUGACAACUAUCCACAAUUCCAAAAAAGUGUCUAUACUGUUACUCUCAACGAAAGUGCAAAGAUUGGGUAUAACGUCAUUCGGGUACAGGCUUCCGACGCGGACGCAGGAUCUAAUGCGCAGAUAACCUAUCAUCUUGAUGCAGUCUUAUCUUCGGCUUUUGCAAAUCAGUCUUUUUCGGUUAAUGAGACAACUGGUGUGAUCUACACAACAAAACAAAUCGAUUAUGACACACUAAGUAAUAAGUCCAUACGACUUCGUAUUGUUGCAAAAGAUAGCGGAACUCCAGCCUUAAAAUCCUCCAUUAAUGUCAUCAUAACGAUAACCGAUGUCAAUGACAACUGCCCACAAUUCCAAAGUAGUAUCUAUAAUGCCACCUUCCCUGAAAAUGUAAGCAUCGGAUAUGACGUUAUUCGGGUCCAGGCUUCCGACGCGGACGCGGGAUCUAAUGCACGGAUAACCUACCAUCUUGAUGCAGUCUUAUCUUCGGCUUUUGCAAAUCAGUCUUUUUCAGUUAAUAAGACAAGUGGUGUGAUCUACACGACAAAAAAAAUCGAUUAUGACACACUAAGUAAUGAGUCGAUACGACUUCGAAUUGUUGCAAAAGAUGGCGGAACUCCACCCUUGCAAACCUCCGUUAAUGUCAUUAUCACCAUAACCGAUGUCAAUGACAACUAYCCAMAAUUCCAAAAAAGUAUCUAUAACGUUACUCUCAACGAAAGUGCAAAGAUUGGGUAUAACGUCAUUCGGGUCCAGGCUUCYGACGCGGACGAUGGAGUGUAUGCAUUAAUCACCUAUUAUAUUGAUUCUGCCAAUCAUACGUUUGCUAUCAACUCAACAACUGGUGUAAUAUACACAACUCAGUUAUUUGACUAUGAAAAUCUAGACAAUAAAUCGAUGGAAUURCGAGUCGCGGCGAAAGAUGGCGGUUCACCACCGCUAGUGUCUUACGUCACUGUCGUUAUCAUGGUAACUGAUGAUAAUGACAACGUUCCAGUUUUUCGCAACUUACCCAAUGAAGUGUCCGUUGGCGAAAAUACACCAGAAAACCAAGUACUUUUUACAGYCAUUGCUGAGGACARUGAUUCUGGUARMAAUUCUUUSCUACAAUACACUAUUGACAGCGUUAAGGAAAACAGCGUCGAUCUUGUCAAUCAAGAUUUAUUYRCGGUUAAUUCGACYUCCGGUCAACUAUUUGCUAUCAAAGCAUUCCCAAAGAACGUCAAUACAAAGUACGACGUAACAAUGGUAGUAAAGGAUCAUGGKCGCCCACCGCUAAGUUCUCGUGGUMAUCUCAMCAUUAUAGUAYUUGACGUGAAUGACUUUUCGCCAAAAUUCCAAGAAAACGUUUACGAGCGAUACUUCACCACCCCACCCCGGACAGGAGAUUUAUUGCAAAUGGUCAAAGCUGUUGAUGUCGAUUUCGGUAAUAAUUCAGUCAUCGAUUACGAGRUUACAGUUGUUAAUGAGACUGACAGCUGUCAAGCAAACUUUAGUAUUACCAGCAAUGGUAGUAUCUACAGCACUGUUGAUCUUAAAGAAAAUUGUCAGUACACUUUACUCGUAGAAGCACGUGACAGGGGUGUGCCGUCACGUGCAGGGGAAUGCCACGUGAUUAUUCGUGUCGCACCAAAACAACUGGAGAACGAUACAGGCGCAGCACUGUCUCCAAAGACCUUGGCAAUCAUAUUUGGUGCUGGCUUUGUUAUUGCUGUGGUGAUUUUCUUAGGCCUAUUGUACAUAUAUUACCGAAGACGUCGUUCAUCUAGAGAUUUGCUGGCACAAGAACGUAACUCAAAAGAAGUACUCUAUGAAACUGAGUUMUGAACCCAGUGCUGAACUGAUCUGUAAGACACUAAUGCAUCAACGUGCAUCCCAGUUUGUGCAGUGAUGAACGAUGUAACUCACUUAAUUUACCKGGUACUCCAGGGCUUAUAGCASGCUUGCAAACGUACAGUACACGUCGAAGCGAGUGCCUAACCUUAUUUGGAAGUAGUUUGCCAAGAUGAAUCCAGAUUUACUAUUAUAAAGUAAUGUCUCUCUAAACAAAGAAUAUCGUACGUAAUUUAAUUCAAUUCCAUCCAAUCCUUUCUCUAGYUAUCUACGUCACAUAUUCUUUCACAUACAUGUUGUUUUCGUCAUGAUUACGCCGGCCUAUUCUAUCAGUAAACAAGGGCUUCGCGUCAGUCAUGUAAAGCCUAGACGCCUAUUCUUUAUAAGGCUGUUGUAUUCUUAAUACACUAUUGUAAUAGAAGGUCUUAAUAGAUAAAGCAUUGAACACAGUCAAUGUGCUAAUAGUGCUGAGAGCUGUUGCUUUGUUAACAAAWGAAGUCACGUUCAAGAAUAAAAUAUAACCGAGCGAAAGUAC